AUGACUGACGGCUCGAAAUCUCCACCCUCUUGCGGCCUUCCAGUCACCUCGCCCACUCCAAUGAGUGAAUCAAAGUCUACCAAAGCUACAACUUACGAAGAGCUCGUCGAAGUGCUGGGUGCGGACGCGGAUAUCCUCCAGUAUCUUCCUUCUGCAAGUGAAGUUGAUCAACUCUUCGAGGAGUACGAGAGGGCGUAUAAACCCAAGCGCUCGAAACACCGGUCCAGCAUUUCCAGGCUUUUCUUUGGCAUGUAUCAGGAGGAUGAAGCCACCAUGUCUCAGGUCUACGUGUAUCUUCGGUCUCCUUCGUUCGACAACAAAGAGCCCUCUAUGACGUUCGUCGGACUUACUGCAAAGAUGAAGUUGACUAUGAUGAGCGUCGAGGAUAUCAAGAAGUCAUAUGGUGCUCUCCAAGUUCACGAGUUCUGGAGGCCCUUAGUAAGCGAAAACGGCAAGAUUCAUUUCCAAGCGCUUCGAGGUGUCCUCAAGGUUUUCUUUGUUCGCAAAGGCAUUACGCUCUCAGUGCCAAUUCCAGUGCCAGACCUAGAUUUGAUUCAGGGAUGUCAGAUGUUCAAAGACUAUGCGAAUAAGAGCAAACAUGAGACAAGGAAGAGUGCUCCCAGGCAACUGAGUACGAGUGAGAGUUUGGCAGAUACGCUUGGCAUGAAUGCAUCAUCCCUCAUCCUCACUCAGGAUCAUUCAGUAACUGACCCGCUCAUGUAUACGACCGAGACCAUUUCCGGACACGAUACUAGCUGCGUCACAAGUUUGGAACCACCUCUGAUUACAACAUCGACAGAACAGCAGCAUCACAGCCCGCAGAUGUCGAUUAAGACCGAACAUGACGCAAGUAGCGCUGCGUGUGAGAAUCAUGCGUCCGAAACUUCCAACCCAGAUGCCGUUGUCAGCCCUCGACUGCGUCCAGAAGGAGUCACAGGACCAUCUGCUUCUCAGCCAUUGGUCUGUUUUCAUACUGAGCUAUACAAGCACGAGCUAUUAUAUACUGACCUGCUUCAGACUCCGCAGUGCGAUAAGAUCCGCAACAUUGUCCAGUCACUGUCUGCCUCACGUAAACAUCGAAGUAUCCUAAGCAGCACGAUCCAACAAAAGGCUGCUGAGAAGGAGCACCACAUCGCUGAACUCAAAGAACUUCAACUGGAAGAAGAGGAUUUUGAGGCCACUAUACAGCGUGUGAAGGAAGACAUCAAGCGCAGAAGGGCAGCGAUCACAGAAAAAAUCAGCGCGAAGAAGCGGGAGAUAACCGACACAGACGCCCAGAUCGAGGCGGACACGUUGGCUGUGAGCGAGAGACUCAAGAGCGAGAAACGGCAGUUGAGCGAGAUGGAUCCUGAUAUUGCGGGUUUCUGGCAUUUGGCUGUCCAGUUCGCGCACGAUGAGCUUCACGGCAACGGCGAGCCUACGGCUAAGCGCCAGAAGACUUCUUCUGAAGUCUCUGGCGAGAUUCCGAUUUGA